AGGCUCACAAGCCAGGACGGCUGGGAAGAACGACCGACGCACCCAGCCAGCGCCCGCCAGGGGUUAAGUUUCCUAGGAUAUUCGACUAUUCAGAAGUCUGCGCCGAUGGCAAGCAUGAGAUUGUUUCCCCUUUCGUGGGCUUCUCGAAUCGGCUCACGGCCACCCAAUCACUUUCGCAGGACGGGGUCUACCCUUUGUGGUAUUGCGGAAUCAAAGGGCGUGCAUCCACGCGCGAUUGACCAAUUAAUUCGGAGUUAUUGUUCAUCUCCGCCAUGCCCAAGACCCAACUUCCAUAAGGGCUCCAAACAUGCCCAAGUUCCCCUAGGCUAUCCAGGAGAACCCCCAAUGUCAAGAAAAUGUUCGACCGUUGUUUCCACAGUGGUGAAUUGGGAUCGAGUAGCUUCGCUGAGAUGGACACUCCUUGGGCGUAGGUUUUUAACUACAGGGCCGCCACUAGGUAAAGGGAACGACGAUAAUAAAGAGAACACCGGCCCGUCCACGAAAACUGCUCGCCUACUCUCUCGUCUCCCCCUCCCAGUUCACGAAAAUAUCUAUACGAUACCCAAUAUCUUAACCUUUUCCCGACUAGCUGCUGCACCAGUGAUUGGAUAUUGCAUCCUACACUCUUACGAUAUCUUAGCGCUUUCGCUUUUUGCUUACGCCUCUGUCACCGAUCUUGUGGACGGCUAUAUCGCUAGAAAAUUCAACCAGCAAACGGUAGUUGGGACUGUCAUUGAUCCAAUGGCAGAUAAAACUCUCAUGACAAUAGGGGUUGUCUGUCUUGCCCUCAAGUCAUCCAUUCCCGUGUGGCUAGCCGGACUCAUUCUUGCCCGGGACGUUGGACUGGCUAUUUCCGCUAUCUAUUACAGAUGGAUCUCGCUCCCUCCGCCCAAGACAAUGGCGAGAUACUGGGACUUCUCGCUCCCAUCGGCUGAGGUGAAGCCGACGGCGAUAUCAAAAGUGAACACUGCGCUUCAACUGCUUCUCAUUGGGUCUGCCAUGGCUAUGCCAGUCGUGCCAGAGGCAAUGUUGGCGGCCUGGAGUUUGCAUGAAGGAAUGACCGGUUUACAAUAUAUCGUCGCUGGAACAACGGUCUGGUCAGGUGCCAGCUACGUCUACUCCAAGGACGCAGUGAAGAUCCUCACAGCGGAGGAGAUUCAAAAGAGAGCAGAUUUGAAGCGGAAACUUGAGGACUAA